AUGGCUUCGGUUCAAGACGAAAGUAUACUCCUUCAAAUUGAAGAAUCUCUUCUUACACAGGAAGAAGUGAAGAAUGUGUUGUCUUCUUCGGCUCAAGAUGGUUCAGUAGACAUUCAUGGAAACCCACCAUUGAAACAGAAAACAGGAAACUGGAAAGCUUGUCCAUUCAUUCUUGGCAAUGAAUGCUGUGAGAGAUUAGCUUACUAUGGAAUUGCAAAGAAUCUAAUCACUUAUUACACAAGUGAAUUGCACGAGUCCAAUGUUUCUGCAGCUAGGCAAGUCAUGAUUUGGCAAGGAACUUGCUAUAUCACACCUCUCAUUGGAGCUUUAAUAGCUGAUUCUUACUUGGGAAGAUACUGGACUAUUGCUUCUUUCUCUGCUAUUUACUUUGUUGGAAUGGCGUCGUUGACACUCUCGGCUUCAGUUACGGGUUUAAAGCCACCGGAAUGCAUUGGAGUUGGUCCUUGCCCACCUGCAACAACGGUUCAGUAUGCGGUUUUCUUGUCCGGGCUUUACCUUAUUGCGCUUGGUACUGGAGGAAUUAAACCAUGUGUCUCUUCUUUUGGUGCUGAUCAGUUUGAUGAUACUGACGCGAUUGAACGAGUCAGAAAAGCUUCUUUCUUUAACUGGUUUUACUUCUCCAUCAACAUUGGUUCGUUUGUCUCAUCGACUUUACUAGUUUGGCUUCAAGAGAAUGCUGGAUGGGGUCUCGGUUUUCUGAUUCCCACCGUAUUCAUGGGACUCUCUGUCGCGAGUUUCUUCUUUGGAACUCCGCUUUAUAGGUUUCAGAAACCGGGAGGCAGCCCCAUUACAAGAGUAUGCCAAGUUCUUGUAGCUGCAUACCGCAAAAUGAAUCUAAACGUCCCUGAAGACUUCAAAUUUCUGUGUCUCGACAAAGCCGCUGUUAGUUCAGAAGACGAAUCAAAGUCCGGUGUUUUUUCCAACCCGUGGAAGUUAUGUACUGUGACUCAAGUCGAAGAAGUGAAGAUUCUGAUCCGUAUGUUUCCAAUUUGGGCCACAGGGAUCGUCUACUCGGCCCUGUAUUCACAGAUUUCCACUCUAUUCGUGCAACAAGGACGGUCCAUGAAACGGGUCAUCCGCUCUUUCGAUAUACCUCCCGCCUCACUCGGGGUUUUUGACACAGUUACCGUGCUCAUAUCAGUCCCAAUCUAUGACCGUUUCAUUGUACCCCUCAUGAGACGUUUUACAGGCACACCAAAAGGAUUCACUGAUCUGCAGCGAAUGGGAAUCGGUCUCUUUCUCUCUGUUCUAAGCAUUGCAACUGCAGCUAUAGUUGAAACUGUGAGGUUGCAGCUCGCUCGAGACACUGUUGUAAUGAACAUAUUUUGGCAGAUCCCUCAAUACAUGCUAAUGGGAUUGGCAGAGGUUUUCUUCUUCAUUGGUCAGCUCGAGUUUUUCUAUGAGCAAUCUCCAGAUGGAAUGAGAAGCUUAUGCAGUGCUCUGGCGCUUCUCACUAGCGCAAUCGGAAGCUACCUGAGCUCGAUGAUCCUCACACUUGUGGCGUAUUUUACGACAAUUGGUGGUAAAGAUGGUUGGAUUCCAGACAACCUUAAUAAAGGACAUCUUGAUUACUUCUUCUGCCUUUUGGUCUCUCUUGGACUUGUCAACAUUCCUGUUUAUGCCUUCUUCUCUGUUAAGCACACUCAGAAGAAGGUUUUAUAA